AUGGUGCGUCUGAGAAAAAAAAUUUUCAAUAAAAUAUUCAAAUCAAAACAUACGGUUCCUUCAAAUAAUAAUAAUAAUUCAAAUGGUUCACAUCAUUCUGUAACAUCGGAUGAAUAUUCAAUAAAUAAUUUCAAUUCAUUUACAACUGAUGCUUUUUUUGAUCUUGAAACAAAAGUUUAUGGCGACAAUUGGUCAAUACCUUAUAAACGUGAAGAAGCUCUUGGGCAAUGUCUUCUAUCAGCAACACAACUUGCUCUUGCUGGUACAGCUGAUCAAGAUAAAAAUUGUGUAAAAUUUAUGGAAGAUUUAAUACCUGAAGCUUUUCGAAAAUUACAAUGUUCUCAUCCUGUUAAUAAUUGGGCCUUGGAAAUUCAAUCAGGUGUAUUCGAGAUGAUUGAAUUAUUGAUUGAUUUAAUUGCUGCACGUUUAUCAUAUGCACCGGUGCCUGUUAAAUUACUGGAAACAUUAUCUAUUGUGUUUGAUUAUGAUUCUGUUUUUCAACGAAAAAAUAAAACAAAACCAUAUGAUCGUUCAUUAUAUGAUAAACAAUUAGAUGAUCGUAUAUUAGCUAAUCCACCAUCAACAUCAACAUUUUCUGUUUAUAAUCGAAAUGAAACAUAUGGUUGGUUAUGUCAAUUAAUAAAUCGUUUCGUAUUAAAAGAUGGUAUUAUAAAUUUAAAAGCACAAUUUCAAAAUGAAAAACCAUUAACAGCUCCUAAUUUAAGUUCAGGUUCUAUUUCUUUAGAACAUUUUCUUUUUAUAAAUAAUUCAUUAACUCCAUCAUCAACAAGAACUAAAUUAUCAAAUAUGGAAGACAAUAUGAAAAUAUUAGAAAAUAUGGGUUUUGCCGAUCGAGAAUUGAAUCGUAAGGCUUUAAUAAGAGCUGAGAAUGAUAUUAGUGAAGCUGUUACUUUGCUGACAAGCUCACAUUUUUGUAACGAUGACUUUAUGACUCCCAACGAACGAAGGCCAACAUCAACAUUUAUUGGUUCACUUACUAAAAAACAAAUGAAACAACAACAAAACAUCACCUUAGAUAAAGCUUCCAGUGCAUCAUCGGAUGGAUUAUCUAUAGAAAAUUCGAAUUCAUUUACAACAAGUGAUUUUCUAGAUCUUGAAAAAAAAGUCUAUGGAGACAAAUGGCCAAUUCCUUAUAAACGUAAAUUUAAUACGAAUGAAUAUUUUGCGAGUAAAUGUUUCAUUUGUUCAUAUUUAGGUGAAGGAAACCUUAGUCGUUGCCUUUUAUCGGCUAUGAAGCUUGCACUUGAUGGAAUCGUUGAUCAAGAUGAACAUUGCAAAAAAUUUAUGGAAGCUUUAAUUCCAGAAGCUUUUCGAAAAUUGCAAUGCUCUCAUUAUAUUAAUCAUUGGGCAGUUGAGAUUCAAUUGGGUGUCUUUGAUAUGGUGCAAUUAUUAGUUGAUCUAAUAGCUGCUCGUCUUUCUUAUUCUCCAGUACCAGUACAAUUACUUGAAACUUUAGCUAUACUUUUUGAUCAUAAUUCGGUUUUUCAACAAAAAAAUAAAAACAGACCAUAUGAUAGUUCACUUUAUGAUAAACAAUUAGGUGAACAUAUAUUGGCUAAAUCAUCAUCAAUAUUUUCUGUUUUUAAUCAAAAUGAACCAUAUGGUUGGCUACGUGAAAUAAUAAAUCGUUUUGUUUUAAACGAUGGAAUACAAAAUUUAAAAAAACAAUUUAAAAGUGUACAAUCAUUGAUAGCUCUAGAAUACAAUGCAUUACUUUCACCUUUUGCUCAAUGCAUGGAUUAUCUAUUCAUAGAUAAAUAUCAACAAUUAUUUAGUGAACAUAUUGAACAAGCGUUAGAUUAUGUUAAAAACCUGAAAGAAGAAGAUUUUAAAGCAGAAUCAACAAAUUCAAUAUUUGAAUUACUUACAACUUUACGUAAAAUAUAUUCUGUUGUAUGGAAAAACCGGGUUGCACAGAUGGAAGAACUACAUUUAAAUAUAUUACUUGAAAUGCUUACUCUAUCAAAUUUUAAUGCUAAAAUGAAUUCAUUAAAAGAACUUUCAAAAAUAAUUGAAAAUUGUACAUCAAGUGUACAAAGUAUAAUUAAAACAUCAAUUCCACAUGAUACUGUUACUCAAUGGAUUAUUGAACAUUCUAUACUCUCAAAAGCAUUAGAAGGAAAUAUUGAUCAAAAUCAAUAUAUCGAAAAAGUUCAAACAUUAGUGGAUUUCAUCGCACCAAGAAUUUUAAAAGAAGAUAUUGAAACAAUAUGGAAAAUGCAGUAUGCUCGAUCAUUAGUCACAGCGGAUCAUUUGCUGAGUCUGAUUGUAUCUGCCGCAACGAAAUUUAAUCUAGAACAAUUCAAUUAUCUAAUUGAUUUAAUUGAUAACUCAUGGAAAACUGAAACAAUUUCUAUACAAGAAAAACUUAUUGAAUUACUUGGUGCUGUUGGUCGAAGAUGUCAAAAAGAUUGUGCUGCUCGUGUUUUAGAAGUUCUUUGGGAUAUGGCACAUGAAGAUCAACUUAAUCGUUCAAUGCUUGAUCAUAUUCUACAUUGUCAUUUGCGUGUAUUUAAUGAAGGUCGCUCACCCUAUGAUGCACUUAGGCGUGAUUAUUGUCUUAAAUGUAUGACCGAUUUACAUCGUAAGCAAGGUUGGUUUGUACCAGCUAUAAAACACUUACAUGAAUUAUUACUUCAUGAUGCAACAAAUACAGUUAAAUUUUUUAAAGCUGAUCUUAUAUCAUUAGUAGUUAAUAAGCAUGAUGUUAUAUCAGUAUUAAUACAAAGUUUAUCAACAUAUCAAUUAGAUGUUUGGAAUAAAACACAUGGUCAUGUUACUAUUGAGACAUCCGUGGAUGAUCGUUUUACAUAUGAAGAGUCAAUUAAAAUUCAUUUAGAUUUAUUAUCAUUGUUAUUAAAAAAAGGAUGUUUUUAUUUAGUAUUAAAACGUAGUGAAGAAUUAUGGGAUCUAUUAAUAACAAAUGAAAAGGCAAGUUUUCUUAAUCGUGAACUUGGUUUUACUUGGUUUAUAACAUGUGUUGAAGAUGUCAAUAGGGAUUCUCAAAUAGCUUUAUUUGAAAAACGGAUAUCAAAACUUGAUCUAAUAAAUCUAUCACCUAAAGGUUUUGAAUGUUAUAAAUUAUAUUUUGCACGUUAUAAUUUGGAACGAUAUAGACGACCAAGAAAUUUCAAUUACGAUUCAAAUAUAUCAACAUCAUCGAAUACAUCAUCGUCAGAUAUGAACUCAUUAGGUGUAAAUGAACAUUCAGAACCGAUAGCAUCAACUGAAGUUGCUUCACCAAAAAUAAAUCAUGCUUGCAUGACUCUCAAUGAUAUAUCAUCAUUAAAAUCAAUAGAUGACUUAACUACUCAACAACUACAACAAAUUCUUGUACAUAAUUUGGUACAGAUUGCCGAAUGUGUUAAAAAAUCAGAAUUAAUUAGUAAAUCAACAAAUUCAAUAUUUGAAUUAUUGUCCACAUUACGUAAAAUAUGUUCAGCUGUAUGGCUUAAUCGUAUUGAACAAAUCGAACAAUUACAUCUUAAUUUAUUACUUAAAAUGAUUGCAUUAUCGAAUUUUAAUGCUAAAAUGAAUUCAUUGAAAGAACUAGCAAAAAUAAUUGAAAAUGCAACAUCGAAUAUUCCAAGUUUGAUUAAAACAUCUAUUCGACGUGAUGUUAUUAGUGAAUGGAUUAUUGAAAAUUCUAUACUUUCUAAAGCACUUGAAGGAAAUAUUGAUCAAAAUCAAUAUGUUGAAAAAGUUCGAACAUUAAUGGAUUUUAUUGCACCAAAAAUUUUAAAAGAAGAUAUUCAAACUAUAUGGAAAAUGCAGCAUGGACGUUCAUUAGUUGCUGUUGAUCAUUUGUUUACUUUAAUAGCAUCAGCAGCUGCAAAAUUUAAUUUACAACAACUUAACUAUCUUAUUGAAUUUAUUUGUAAUUCUUGGAAAAUCGAAACAAUUCUUAUACAAGAAAAACUUGUUGAAUUACUUGGCACUAUUGGACGAGAAUGUCAAAAAGAUUCUGCUGUUCGUGUUUUAGACAUUCUUUGGGAUAUGGCACAUUCAGACCGUCUUGGUCGAUCAAUGCUUGAUCAUAUACUUCAUUAUCAUUUACGUAUAUUUAGUGAAGGUCGUUCACCAUAUGAUGCACUUAAACGUGAUUAUUGUCUUAAAUGUAUGUCAGAUUUACAACGUAAACAAGGUUGGCUUUUACCAGCUAUAAAACAUUUAUAUGAUUUAUUACAUCAUGAUUCAACAAAUACAUUUAAACGUACUGAUGAAGAUCUUAUAUCAUUAUUAGUUCAUAAACAUGAUUUAAUAUCAGCAUUAAUACAAAGUUUAUCAACAUGUCAAUUAGAUGUUUGGAAUAAAACACAUGGACAUGUUACAAUUGAUACAUUAGUUGAUGGUCGUUAUACACAUGAAGAAUCAAUUAAGAAUCAUUUAGAUUUAUUAUCAUUUUUAUUAAAAAAAGGGAAUCUUUAUUUAAUAUUAAAACGUAGUGAAGAAUUAUGGGAUACAUUAAUAACAAAUGAACAUGUUAGUUUAUUUGAUCAUGAACUUGGUUUAAAUUGGUUUAUAACAUGUUCAGAAGAUCUUAAUCGAGAAUCUCAAAUAGCCUUAUUUGAAAAACGUGUAUCAAAAUUAAAUCCAAUAUAUUUAACAUCUAAAGGUUAUACAUGUUUUAAGUUAUAUUUUGAACGAUGUAAUUCAGAACGAUCCAAUCAAUCAAGAAAUUUUACUUUUAAUUCAAAUUCAUCUACAUCAGCUUAUAUGGAUGAAAAUUCGUUUAACAACAACAAUAUAUUUCAAUGGGAAAUGUUUGUAUACAAAUGCUUGAACAAUGAUCCACCAUUACCAAUAAUACAUAACAAAGAUGCAAUAAUUGGCCCAAUAUCAGCAAAUUUGCAAGAUAUUACUCUUGGAUAUAAACCAAUUAAAAAAAAAGGAAGACGAAUACCAAUUCAAACAGCAAUUAUCUCUAUGAAAUUGGCUUACCUUCUGCUCGAUGGAUUAAAAGGUGUAAUUAUCUGGGGUAAAAAAAAGUAA